AUGGACAAACACAGUGAACAAAAAGUUAACUCGUUGCGUGCGUCAUAUAGACGAGAAUUGCAAAAAAUAAGAAGCGAAAAAUCUGGCGCUGGAACGGACGAUGUGUACCAGCUGAGCCUGUGGUACUUCAACGAUUCUUCUUUUCUGCAUGACACAGAAUCCUCGGUCGAUGGAAUCACCAGUUUUGAUGACGGCCAGGAAAAUGAAACACCGAAGGCGUCGAAACGAAGACAUUAUGAAUCAUCGGAGUUCCUACAGAAGGCAAUAGCGCACUUGGACAACAUCAGCGCAAAGCAACCAAAAUGUGAAGCUGACAUAUAUGCUGAAGGAUGGGCUGCCAUGUUCAAGCAGUUGUCGAAGGAGCAGCAGCUUUUUGCCAAAAAAGGCAUGGACGAGCUCCUUAUGCAAGGGCGGAUGAAUAUGCUGACAUAUCAAGAAGGGGUAAUAAAAGUUUUGUUGGGAAUACAGAAGGAAUUCGAGGGACGAAAAGAUUCAACGCCACUGAUAGAAGCGGCUUUUGCGGGUCAUAAUGACAUUGUCAUGGUGCUGCUCAGCCACAACGUCGAUGUAAAUGCACGUUGUGCCAAUGGGAACACGCCGCUCAUGCUUGCCUGCGGGGCGGUUAUGUGA